AUGGCCGCUGAGCAGCCGCGGCAUGCACCGGGGAAUGGUUUGCUGACUCCUGGUAUUGUGGAUGGAAGAACAGUCAAGCAAAAAGGCAAGCCGAAUUCGAGAAAGACUUCGGCAAGAAAGUCGCCUAGCAGCUCUCAUACCAUUGCCGAGAGUCCUAGCUCAAUGAAUGGAUCAGACAAGAGUCCCGGCGGUGGCACGGAAGCCGCCACGACCACUGCGAAACCGAAGAGGGUACGAACAGGAUGCCUCACCUGUAGAUCACGGCAUCUCAAAUGCGACGAAGGAACGCCUGUGUGUCAAAAUUGUCGAAAAUCUAAUCGGGAGUGUGAGCGAGGCAUCCGACUCAAUUUCAUCGACACGACCACACCUAAAGCACCCAUAUAUCUGAUUCCUCCGACGCAUGAUUGGCAAGUCACGUUCCAAGACGAGUCUCGUGAGAUCGCGGACGAAUACAAAGACGGUCUUGCCAAGUAUGCGCCGCUGGAGAAGGAAGACCAGUAUGACGUCCAAGCGGAGAUGACCUACGACUUUUCGCAAUCGAUGGGCGCACCCAUCCUGUCACAUCAAUCAUUACCCCCGGUGGGCGCGGUGGUUCAAACAUACCCUGAAUCUCAGCAACCUCUUUAUCCUGACCACCAUCAUGAUUCCUAUCAGCAACACCACCAUCAUAACCCGUCGAUCACUACUUCGCAUUUCUCGGAACCAUCCCAACCCCCUACGCAAUCCUACAACUCGGCCCCUACUAUCCCUGCGGAGGAGGAGCAAUGCCGCCCUGCUUUUGAGACGCCGCGGGAAGUGCUCUUCAUGCAAGUCUUUGUCGAAGAGGUGGCGUUGUGGAUGGACAGCAUGGACGCAGAAAAGCACUUUUCCGAGCUCUUACCCUUUCAAUCACUGCAUCAACCUAUGUUACGAUACGCGUUUCUUGCUUGUGGAGGUCGUCACAUGAAUCUGAUCAAUCCAGCACAAUAUCCUGAUGAUGUGGCUUUGGAAUACUAUACGAAAGCCAACCAGCUUUUCUUACGUUUGUUGCAAAAUCCUGAUCGAGACACGGCUCUAUGCGCUACGACGGCGGUAAUCCUUAAUGUCUACGAAGUGAUGACCGAGAAGGCGCUGCAGCGGAUGAACCAUAUCGCCGGCUCGCGUGCUUUGAUCAAAGAAUGUGGUUGGAGUGCUCGAAGUGUUGGCAUUGCACGUGCUUGCUUUUUCUUGAACGUCGGGUUGGAACUCUUCAGUUGUCUUCACUUCAACUGGCAAGUCGCCUGGGAUCCUGACGAUUGGGGCAUGGACAUGAACAUGAAUCCGCAACAGCUUGGUGGCAAUGAAGAAGUCUGGACCCACAAGAUCCUUUACAUUCUGGCCAAGGUUGCCAAUUUCCGGGCAUCAAUCCCACGCUUUCGUGAGCAGACUACGGCGGCGGAGCAGUUGCGGUUGAAUAAGAGGUUACAGAUGUGGAUGGAUCUCAAGAGCUGGUGCGAUCGAUGGCACGCAUGCAUCCCCCCAACGAUGCAUCCCAUGGCAUAUGUGCCACCGUUUCAAGCAUCCAUGAAGUCUUCUUUCCCUGAAGUGUGGCUCAUCAAGCGGCCGACCAUCGUGGCAAGGAUGUUCUACCACAGUGCCAUGGCUUUGCUUGGUGGCAUUCAUCCGGAUGUCGGCAUGGACCAAGAAUACAAGGACUCCCUGGAGCAGAUGAAGAUCUAUCACUCCCGGCAGAUCUGUGGUAUUGUUGCGCAUGUCAAGGAUCGGGGCGUUGCCUCUGCUUCCCUUCGCUGUCUCGCCAUCGCUGCUGAAUGCCUUACCCACCGGCGUGAACAGGAGGAGGUCCUUGAGAUUUUCGCGCGCAUCAAACGUGAGGGCGGCUGGCGCAUUCAAUUCGUCAUUGAUGAACUCCAUGAGAAAUGGGGUUGGAACACGCACGAUACGGCCAUGUCGGGCGUCAACACGACGAACAAUGCAUCCAGCUUUUAUCAGCAACCAGGCCAGGCGAGUUUGCCACCGCUACCGCCACAAGCACCGCCAGCGCCGAAGAAGCCGCCCAGCGGCAUUGUGAAUCCGUUGUACAGGAAUGCGGAUUUCUCGAAGCCUGACGCGCCGUACAAAAAUUACUACGUUCCCCCAGCGCUGCCGCCCCCACCGCCGCCGCCGCAACAUAAUCAGCAUCCAUCCGGCAAUCACGGGAUGAGUGUGGCGGGCAGUGGAUACGCAUUUUCUGGGUUAUCAGCAAUAUAA